CUGCAGUUAGUAUCCCUGUGCUUCAUUGCUGGAGGUACUUGCAGGUCCUCAGCCCUGUGGCGCUCACCUCUUAGAGCUGUGGCCUGGGUCCUCACCCAGUGGGGACCUGCAGAAUUGUGUUGGGAAGUCGUAUUUCCUGGGCGAGGACCCCCCAGCAAUCAGGAAUGAGAGAAAUGCAGAAAGUAUGACCCACACGCGGAACUGGUUCUGAAUAGAACAUUUAUUGACGAAGUUUUGCAGGAGGCGGCGGGCGCUUUAAUUCCCGAGGCUGUUGGUGGCAGCCCGCUGCUUGCCCCAAGCCUGUUAACUGCUGGGCUGCCGGUGCUGGGGACAAUGUGGCUGCCCGGCUCCUUGCCACCCUCAUGGUGCCCGAAUGGGAGCCCUCUUGAGGAAAGCGAAUCUCUUGGGGGUGCCCUCCCCAGGCAGCAAUGCCAGGAUGCCCGUAUCCACCUCUCUCCGCCAGGAUGGCAGCCAGGAGCGGCCGGUGAGCCUGACCUCUACUACCUCCUCGUCAGGCUCUUCCCGUGACAGUCGUAGUGCCAUGGAGGAGCCUAGCGGCUCCGAGGCUCCCACCAAGAAUGGAGCAGGCUCCCCAAGAGGCCGGCAUCUCCCCAACAGCAACAACAACUCCAGCAGCUGGCUGAACGUGAAGGGGCCCCUCUCCCCAUUCAACAGCCGGGCGGCUGCUGGGUCUGCACAUCACAAGCUCAGCUACCUGGGCCGAGUGGUGCGGGAGAUCGUGGAGACUGAGCGCAUGUAUGUGCAGGACCUGCGCAGCAUCGUGGAGGACUACCUCUUGAAGAUCAUCGACACACCGGGGCUGCUGAAGCCAGAACAGGUCAGCGCCCUCUUCGGGAACAUAGAGAACAUCUACGAACUCAACAGCCAGCUCCUCAGAGACCUGGACAGCUGCAAUAGUGACCCCGUGGCUGUGGCCAGCUGCUUUGUAGAAAGGAGCCAAGAGUUUGAUAUCUACACCCAGUAUUGCAACAACUACCCCAACUCCGUGGCCGCCCUGACAGAAUGCAUGCGGGACAAGCAGCAGGCCAAGUUCUUUCGGGACCGGCAGGAGCUGCUGCAGCACUCGCUGCCCCUGGGCUCCUACCUGCUGAAGCCGGUCCAGCGCAUCCUCAAGUACCACCUGCUGCUCCAGGAAAUUGCCAAGCAUUUUGAUGAAGAAGAGGAUGGCUUUGACGUGGUGGAGGAUGCCAUUGACACCAUGACCUGUGUGGCCUGGUACAUCAACGACAUGAAGAGGAGGCAUGAGCACGCAGUCCGCCUCCAGGAGAUUCAGUCACUCCUCAUUAACUGGAAGGGACCCGACUUGACCACCUACGGGGAGCUUGUCCUGGAGGGCACGUUCCGCGUGCAUCGCGUGCGCAAUGAAAGGACCUUCUUCCUCUUUGACAAAAUGCUGCUUAUCACCAAGAAGCGCGGCGAUCACUUUGUCUACAAGGGCAACAUCCCGUGCUCCUCCCUGAUGCUGAUUGAAAGCACCAGAGACUCCCUGUGCUUCACCAUCACCCACUACAAGCACAGCAAGCAGCAGUACAGCAUCCAGGCCAAGACAGUGGAAGAGAAACGGAACUGGACUCACCACAUCAAGAGGCUCAUCCUAGAGAAUCACCAUGCCACCAUUCCCCAGAAGGCCAAGGAAGCCAUCCUGGAAAUGGACUCCUACUAUCCCAAUCGGUACCGCUACAGCCCAGAGCGGAUGAAGAAGGCGUGGUCCUCCCAGGAUGAGGUGUCCACCCAUGUGCGCCAGGGCCGCCGGCAAUCUGAGCCUGGUCACUCUCCGUAUAUUCGGGCAACUCUCCCCGGCGGGCAGCGAGGCUUCAUGAUGCCAGGCCUUACAGGCCGUAGAAAGUCGGAACCAACCAAACACCUGCUCAGGCAACUCAACGAGAAAGCCCGAGCAACAGGAAUGAAGCAUGCAGGCAGUGCUGGCACCCUCCUGGACUUUGGGCAGCCCUCCCGUACUCGGGACCUGCAGCCGGAGGCUGAAGGGGCUGCUCAGGAGGAGGAAGAGGAGGAGGUGGUGGAGGAGGAGGAGGAGGAGGAGGAGGAGGAGCAGGCCUUUCAGGUCUCUCUGGAGGACCUGGCAGGGCAUGAAGGCAACGAGAAGGGGUCUGGGCCGGAACCCCCAGGCUCAGAGGAGGAGGAGGAGCAGGAGGAGAGCCUGGCCGUGGCGGAGCAGGUAGCCGACUUUGCCAGCUCCCUGCUGGCCGCCCUCCACUGCUGGCACUAUCGGGCCAACGCUUUACUUUUCUCCCGGGGCGCUAUGGGAAAGGGGCGCAGGGAGUCUGAAGGCUCCAGGAGCAGCAGAAGGCCCAGUGGCCGGUCUCCAACCAGUGCUGAGAAGCGCAUGAGCUUCGAGUCCGUUUCUUCCCUGCCAGAGGUUGAGCCAGACCCUGAGGCUGGGAGCGAGCAGGAGGUAUUUGCUGCUGUGGAAGGGCCCAGUGCCGAGGAGAUGCCUUCAGACACAGAAUCUCCAGAAGUCCUGGAGACACAGCUUGACUCCCACCAGGGGCUUCUAGGGAUGGAUGCACCGGGUGACACGGUGGACUUCAUGGCAGCUGAGAGCACUGAGGACCUUAAGGCCCUGAGCAGUGAGGAGGAGGAAGAAAUGGGGGGUGCCGCCCAGGAGCCUGAGAGCCUCCUGCCACCCUCUGUGCUGGACCAGGCCAGCGUCAUUGCAGAGCGGUUUGUCAGCAGCUUCUCCCGGCGGAGCAGCGUGGCGCUGGAGGACGGCAAGUCCAGUGGCUUUGGGAGCCCACGGCUGGUCAGCCGGAGCAGCAGCGUGCUCAGCCUGGAGGGAAGUGAGAAGAGCCUGGCCCGGCAUGGCAGCACCACAGACUCCCUCAGCUGUCAGCUCUCCCUGGAAGUGGACAUCGGUGUGGGGGUGGCCACAGAGGACAGCCCUUCUGUCAAUGGGGUGGAGUCCCCAAGCCCAGGCUGCCCAAUGGAGCCCGACCGGUCUUCCUGCAAGAAGAAGGAAUCAGCACUCUCUACCCGAGACCGGCUGUUGCUGGACAAGAUUAAGAGCUAUUACGAAAACGCGGAGCACCACGAUGCGGGCUUCAGCGUCCGUCGCCGGGAGAGCCUCUCCUACAUCCCCAAAGGACUGGUGAGAAACUCAGUCUCCAGGUUCAACAGCCUUCCCCGGCCAGACCCAGAGCCGGUAGCUCCAGUGGGGCGCAAGAGACAGGUGGGCUCCCGGCCGACUUCGUGGGCCCUGUUUGAGCUCCCAGGACCAAGCCAGGUGGGCACAGGGGACCCACCUCCCAUCACAGAUUCUGAGUUCCGUCCAUCUUCAGAAAUUGUUAAGAUCUGGGAGGGAAUGGAGUCUUCUGGGGGGAGCUCUGGGAAGGGACCGGGCCAGGGCCAGGCCAAUGGCUUUGACCUGCACGAGCCACUCUUCAUCCUGGAGGAGCACGAGCUAGGAGCCAUCACGGAGGAGUCAGCCACAGCCUCCCCGGAAAGCGCCUCUCCCACCGAGGGGCGCAGCCCGGCCCACCUGGCCCGUGAGCUGAAAGAGCUGGUGAAGGAACUGAGCAGCAGUGCCCAGGGAGAGCUGGUGGCCCCACUGCACCCCCGCAUCAUGCAGCUCUCCCACGUGAUGGACAGCCACACGAGUGAGCGCGUCAAGAACAAGGUCUACCAGCUGGCCCGCCAGUACAGCCUCCGGAUCAAGAGCAACAAGCCAGUGAUGGCCAGGCCAUCACUGCUCUGGGAAAAGGCAGCCCCUGAGAGGGACAGGAAGAGCCCCACUGUGCCCUGUCUACGGGAGGAGGCUGGAGAGCCACUGGGCGGCAAAGGUAAGAGGAAGCCGGCGCUCUCUCUCCAUGACUGUGAGCAGAAGAUGGCCCAGGAGCACAGCCCUCCGAAGCCCUCCUCGGCUGGGGACACAUCGCCACGGCGUUUCUCCUUCAGCCCCUCUGCCGUCAGCCAGAGGACCACCUCGCCUGGGGGCCGGCCGUCUGCCCGAAGCCCCCUCAGCCCCUUCGACACGGAGACCUUCAGCUGGCCUGACGUACGCGAGCUCCGCUCCAAGUAUGCCUCGCACGAUGAGGCACGCCAAGCAGGGGGUGGCCGGCCCCGAGGCCCACCUGUCAAUAGGAGCCGCUCAGUGCCAGAGAACAUGGUGGAGCCGCCUCUGUCGGGCAAGGUGGGCCGCUGCUGCAGCCUGAGUACCAAGAGGGGCCGGGGAGGCGGAGAGGCCACACAGUCACCUGGGCCUCUGCCCCAGAGCAAUCUGGACGGAGACGAGGCCCUGUAUGUCACUGCAGACCUCACCUUGGAGGACAACUGGCGGGUGAUUGUCAUGGAGAAGGGACCUCUUCCUGGCCCCACUGCGGGGCUGGAGGAGAGCAGUAGCCAGGGACCAAACUCGCUGGUGGCCCUGGUAGGGCAGGGCCAGGACUUCCAAGAGUCUGCAGAGUGUCGGCCGAAAGAAGAAGGUCCCAGGGACCCGGCAGACCCAAGCCAGCAGGGCAGAGUGAGAAACCUCAGAGAGAAAUUCCAGGCCUUGAACUCUGUAGGUUGACGCUGACUCCUGGGGGAGGGAGGAGUCACGUUGGAGGAUGAAGAAGAACCUGGGCAUCCUUCCCGUUGAGCCUGGGCUCAUGGAGCCCCUGCCCAAGACCCUUGGGCGAGUGGAAAGGCUGUCCCCUGUGCCCUCUGGAAAGGAUGCUCCCAUGUGCAGGGGCUCUCCCGCCUAUGCCACACACUGGUGCUCCCUGGGGCUCGGGGCAACCUUCCAUAGGCCCAGAUGAGCCACUCACCUGUGAGGCUGGUGUGGCCACUUCCCUUGUAAAUAGUUCUUCUCUAGUAAGAAGCCAAAUGUUUAAGCUCACCUCUUCCCAGAGAGAGCAAGCUAUGCUCAGGCCUCCAGCGUUGACUGGCCAUAGCCAUGGCCAGACAGAGGAGCCCACCCCCGGGGAGACUCGGGCAGUGGCCUGGAGAGGCUUUGCUCUGUAACUGUACCUUUUCUUAGGGUCCAGGCAGGAAUGAAGCCGAUAAUUUAUUGCUUUCCAUUCCAUGGUAUGAUGUGCGUGUGCGUGAGUGUGUGGCCCCUGUUUAUUCCCCUCCUGCCAAGAAUGAAAUGGAUUCAGUUCAGGUACUUUUGAGGGUUGUUGCGCUGACCCUGUGAUUGUCGCUGAUCUACACACAUUUCAUUAUUCGCCAAUGGUGCAAUAACCACUGCUGACCAACCCA